UGAACCGGCAUUGGGACACGCGACAACGAGCUCAUUCUUUCUUGUGCGUUUCCAACAUCGUCGCAGCCGCCGGUGAAGAGGAAAAAGACCGGUAAGAAAACGCUAGCAUGAUAUUUAAACAUAUAUAAACCACAACUAACAUAGUCACAAAUAGUUUUUUAAAUCUUGUUGAAUUCAGUAAAAAGCAUCUGAUAAAUUGUUGGCAGGAUAUGUUAGUUUGGAAUUGUUUGAGAACGUUAGCUAGCAUACCGGUAAACUAGCUAGUUUCUAGCUACUACACAAUGCAAUGAAAAGAGGACCACGAGUUUCUCGGCAUUAGCCGCCAGUUAGCUGACCGGCGUCCGUGACUCUAAAAUCAGUUUGGGAUUUCUAUCCAGUGGGAUUAUUGGCAUCUGACAAAUCGAAAUAUAACAAAGCCCACACGGACUUCCUGGAUUUGUGAUAAGAUUGCUUAGCUACUAGUUUGAGAUUUGGAGGUAGUUUGGCUAGCCGGUUUGAGCUAACUUGGUAGGGCCUCAAUAUUUCAGUCACCAAAAUACAAUGGCCCAGCGCGCCAGUUUAACAGCUAGUUAGUUAACGUAAAUUUGCAGUUGGCUAACUGAUUAAAUGUUGAUAGCUAGCGAACGUUACGUACAGUUCUGAGCGAAUAUAACUUUAGCCAGGUAGCUAGCCAUGGUAAUUUAAAUGUCAGGAAAGGAGUAUGAGGACGAUACGUGAGAUUAGCCAUAGGCCACCUGGCUAGCUACCCCAGUUAUUCAGUGCCUACUGCUAUGCUGGAAGAUAACUCGGCUGGCCAGGUAUAGGAUGCUGGCAGCUGGCAUUUAUUAGUGUUGAGCAACAAUGUUAGGCCCGGAAUACACUGACGUAUCGCCAUAACACCAAUGUAAUGCGCAAUAUGAUUAGUUAGCUAACUAGCGCUAGUUGCGAAAUAUGAUUAGGUAACUGCGAAUAAAUUCUAUCGUCGGUCUAACUUGAGCAAUUCUCAAUGGAUCGUCUUCGAUUGCGAUUCGUAUGAAUGGCAACGGAGGACAUGCAAGCCGUUCGACUAAAGCCAGAUCAAGCAGAGCUUUAAGAGGGUUAAGUACAUUUAAUUGGUCAUUUAGCUGGUCAGCAACAUGUUUCACGAUGACGAUAACAAACCCGUUCCAACCAAAUUGAUAUAUUACUUCCAUUUGUCUUGGUGUUGGGAUACAGAAUGACUCCCAACAUUGGCUUGCUAGGCGUUUCCAUUUUAGGCGCCGUGUCAAACAAAACGAAAUGGCACGGGCCUUUUGACUUGAAGACUGCUUACCAUAUUAGCUUACUGACCCAGUUUUCCCUGCUUUGUCCCCCAGCUCUCUGUCUUCAGGUUUAAUUUUGUCGAGGUCAACAGCAGCCAUGCCUUCAGACCUGGCCAAGAAGAAGGCGCAGAAGAAGAAGGAAGCCGCCAAAUCCCGGCAGAAGACAAAAAAAACAGAGGAUGGAGAGGGAGAGAAACCAGAAGAAGGCCAGGAGAAUGGAGGCAUAAGCAACGGUAAUAGUUGUCGAUCAUAGAUCAACUAAAGAAGGGCUCAAGUCUAAAUCCUCUUCACAGCUACUUAAAGUUUCAGAAAUGUAUUUGUAUUCCGGGUGGUUGUUCUCUCAUGUUAAACAGGGGUAGGCUGGUAUGCAGAUGUAUGUAAGUGGAGAUGGGUAACCCUUCAUAUGGAGAAAUGACUGACUAAUCAGCCCUCCAUGUCACUGAGUUACAGGCGUGGAAAGCCUGACCAAGGAGAUGGAUGAAUUUGAACUGAAGAAGACGGAGGCACGGGCGGUGACCGGCGUGCUGGCAUCGCACCCCAACAGCACGGAUGUGCACGUCACCAGCAUGUCGCUCACCUUCCAUGGGCAGGAGCUGCUGCAGGACACCAGCCUGGAGCUCAACUCGGGCCGCCGCUACGGCCUCAUUGGCCUCAACGGCACUGGUAAGUGGUGACCAUCACAUGGGGCGUGUUCAGUAGGCACAAAGAGGAAGUAAGCGCUUUGAAGUUGUUUUGGGUAGGAAUUUAUCCAUUAAGACCCUUUUACAUUGGAAAACAUUUUGCUGUCGUGUGCUCUAAUGAACAUGACCCAGUGCCCUUGGGAAACCUCUUUUUGCUACGUCAUUGCUCAUUUCAGUGUUAGUUACACCCAUCCACAUGGGACAUCUUUCUGCCAACUCAGCCUUUAUCUCCUCAGGACAUAAUAUGCCCUAGUUUUCCCAGGUGUAUGUAUUAGCCCCGUAUAACAUUAAUAACUGAACAGUAGCUGUAGACCCUCUAUCUUCUGAGUAGAAGUUUAUUUGAACUAUCCCCACCUUAUUUACAAAUUUGAGCUCUACGGGGACUCUAAAAUGACACAUUUACAAAUCUUUCUCUUUCCAGGUAAAUCCAUGUUGCUGGCAGCCAUUGGCCACCGCGAGGUACCUAUCCCAGAGCACAUUGACAUCUACCACCUAACCCGUGAGAUGGCUCCCAGCGAGAAGACUGCACUGCAGUGUGUCAUGGAGGUGGACGAGGAAAGGAUACAUCUGGAGAAGGAGGCAGAGCGCCUGGCAUCCGAGGACUGUGAGUUGCUUCAUAAUGGUGGCUUGGUUGUAGUAGUUCUGUGAAUUACCAUGUUACCAUGGGAACUGUGCUCACUGUGGCAGCUUCCCUUCCUAGGCGUGGUACACUACCUCCCAUGUCCUGAAUAGUCCUGCAUAAUGUGUUCCCUUCAUGAUGUAGCAUCGGGACAAGGGCACAAAGGCUUAAUUGGUGGGAUAAUAUCCUUGAUUCAGUUUUGCUCCAACCAGUUAUAAGAGAUACCAUAGAGUAAAAGUUCCCAUUCUCUCCACCCACCCCAACUCUUAUCUUCUCUUCUUAUCCUGCUCGUCUCCACUCUCCUCUACCCAAACGCUCAUCUCCUUCUCUUUUUUCCUGCUCCCCCUCUUCCUCUCUCUCGCUCCCUUUUCUCUCCCCUAAAGCCGAGUGUGAGAAGCUGAUGGAGCUGUACGAGCGUCUGGAGGAGUUGGACGCAGACAAGGCGGAGGUGCGGGCCUCCCAGAUCCUCCACGGUCUUGGCUUCACCGCCCCCAUGCAGCAGAAGAAGCUUAAGGACUUCAGCGGAGGCUGGAGGAUGCGCGUCGCUCUGGCCAGGUACAAAACCCCUGUACAAUACAAAGACAAACCUUUACCUACACUAAUAAAGCGUCUCCGUGCAUAUUUGGGAUCUGGGCCUGUGUUCAUAAAGCUUCCAAGAGUAGGAGUGCUGAUCUACGAUCAGUUUUUAACUUUUGGAUCAUAAUGAAGAGGAUCACAUGGACAGGUGUGACCGGAUCCUAGAUCAGCACCACUACUCUGAGAAUACGGCCCCAGCUCCGCCCCAUGCCCCUGUUCAUUCAUUAUAACAUAAAAAGCGAAACGGAUCCUAGAUCAGCACUCCUACUGUGAGACACUAUAUGAGUACAGGCCUUGAGCCCAGUCUUUUUCCUAGACUCUCUUAAGCCUCGCUUCAACUGUCUAAACCAGUCCAGAAAACUGUCAGUCUACAUGAAGAGCCUUGGGAUAGGGGCUGUGAGGGUUCUGUUUGGAAUUGGCUAAAUAACAUCAAGCCACAAACACUUUUUUCUUUCCCACUUUAUCUUUGACUGCCCUAACUUGACCAGUCGAAUCCUAACAAAACAUGGACACCAACUAUAUUCUACUGAUGCACAGGUGUUUGGCUCAGAACUGUUUGGAAGUGAUGUGAAAAAAGGCCGAAUGAUAACGCCGCCGCCAAGCAGUAUGUUCUCAGUGCAGCGGCGCAGUGACAAAAAUUGACCGAAGCGUUUAUCUGAUCCCUGCAGUUCUGUCCACUCUUGAGUUUCACUUUGCCCAAACGCCUUUAGUCAUAACUAUUUAAGAGGUUUUAGAGUAAAAAAUAUCUAAAUCACAACCUCAAUAAGACCUACCCGUAAAUUGUGUUUUUCAUUCGCACAUGCCCUGUUUAUUUUUUUUAUUUUUGGGGGGGUGUGUGUGAAUAAGCCUAUUUUAGCACUGUUAUUUUGAAGACCUACUAACCUGGGUUUGUGGGUUCCUUGUCUCCAGGGCCCUGUUCUUGAAGCCGUUCAUGUUGCUGCUGGAUGAGCCCACCAACCACCUGGACCUGGACGCCUGUGUGUGGCUGGAGGAAGAGCUUAGCCAGUAAGGCCAUUUACACACAGGACAUGACUUCUCUAGAAACAAUUGUCUGUAUCAUUACUUUUUAAUGUGAAAAGUCACCUUAGAUUGGUUGAAGGCAGGUUUCUGCUAUGACAUGUAAGUGUUCUGGAUUGAUCGACAACUCGAGGUAAACUGGAAAAUCGAAACACUACGUUUAUAUGAUCUACUCCUCUUUAAGCCGCUAUUACAUGCUAUUAUUGCUGCUGUGACAUGAUGUAAACAAAAGGCCGAAUUAUAGUGCCCCUGCCAGGCAGUGUGUUCUCAGUGCGGGGGCACGUUGACAAAAACUAGACCGAAGCGUUUAUCUGAUCUAAGCAGCAUGCCAAAAAGAGUAGAGCGGAUGCCACAGGGUUUGUUAGUUCCAAGAUAACAUAUUUGUUUUAGACAUUGCACAUGGAGUUUAUUGUUCUGUGCUAACUAGCUAUAUACAGGUAACUGCCAAAAUAAAGGAAACACUGACCGUGGCUUAAUAGGGCGUUGGGCUACCACGAGCCAGAAUAUCUGGAACACUAUUGGAGGGAUUCUUCCACAAGAAAUUCCAUCAUUUGGUGUUUUGUUGAUGGUGGUGGAAAAUGCUGUCUUACACUCCAGAAUCUCCCGUUAGUGUUCAAUUUGGUUGAGCUCUGGUGAGUGAGACAGCCAUGGCAUAUGGUUUACAUUGUUUUCAUGCUCAUCAAACCAUUCGGUGACCACUCGUGCCCUGUGGGUGGGGGUAUUGUUUCAUGUCAAAAUGAGGGGUGUUGUACAAAACUAAGUCAUCAGCGAAUGGAUCAUCUCUAACCAACCGGUGUCACAGCCAAUGACACAUUUUCUAAAUGCAGCUUUACCCACGCAUGUUCUGGCUCUGGCCCAACCCAUCGCUUUCUGCGACCAAUCGGAAUAGGUAAGAAUGUGUUUUGCGUUUUAGAAAUUGUUGGGGGGGUACUCUGAUCCCGACUCAUUAUGGAGAAGAAACGAAUGUCUGUGGGCAUAGCGUUUGGGUAGCCAGGCAAGGCAUAGCCAUGGGAGCCAAAAGAAUGGCCUGCCCAGCAUUUUUAGACAUGACCCUAAGCAUGAUGGGAUGUUAAUUGCUUAAUUAACUCUGGAACCACACCUGUUUGGAGGCACCUGCUUUCAAUAUCCCUCAUUUACUCAAGUGUUUCCUUUAUUUUGGCAGUUACCUGUACCUUUGACUAUGUUCCCUGACAUUGUACAAAUAAUCCCUAUGGUUUGUGUAACUCAAGCAUUGACAUUGUUGCUAUUUAGAAGUGUCCUAAGUUGCAACCUUUCUCUUAUUCUACAGAUUCAAACGUAUUCUGGUCCUGAUCUCCCAUUCGCAAGAUUUCCUCAACGGCGUGUGCACCAACAUCAUGCACUUACACGAGCGCAAGCUGAAAUACUACACGGUAAGAGCAACUGCACUCCACCAUGAGCCACCAUGGACCAACAAGAUGUUUGUGUGGUUUAGAAUAAUUCUCCAGGUCUGAGCAGUUGCUUUUCCUGUCUUCAGUUGAUAAAUAAACACUAGUUCAUUAAACUUACUUAACCAAAUGGACCCAGUUAAAGCUCAGACUUCAACCAUUUACAGGGUUCGUACGGUCAUGGGAAAUACUGGAAAAGUCAAGGAUUUUUUUUUAAUGGUGUUUUCCAGGCCUGGAUGAGUUUUGGAAAAUGAUCAAAUCCGAGAAGUUUUGAAAAAGUCAUGGACAUUAAUUUCUGUUUAAUGUGAUAUUCAGGCAGUUAAUAUUAUAUCAAUACAAUUUUAAAUCAACAUUUCUGCCAGGACUUUUUGACGAAACAAACAAUUCACUUUGCUAUUGUGAACAGUAACUGUAGGAAAAAAGAUCUGAUGUAGCCUUUAUUUUGGAUUGUGUGGCUUCAAAACUUGUUGUAGAUGCUUCCAUUUGAUUUGGGUAUCCAAUGUAUGGGACAUUGCAAUUCGAUAGAUGCUAUUUGGCCUGCAAAGUAAACACUUCUAAGUUAGGUAGCAAAGAUACAUGCCUAUACUCGGAAAGGUACAUUUCCUGAAUUUGUGGGCUUGCUUCAGCUGAAUAAAAAGGUUUGUAGCCUACCAUAGCCAUUUGAUCUUUGAUAUAUUGAAUGAGCUAAUUAUUUCAAAAGGAACAAAAUAUAUUUGGUUGCAAUGUUACACAUCAAGGGUGGUCAACCAUCCUUCAGGAGAGCUUAUUGGGUGUGCAGGCCUUUAUUCCAGUCCCUCUAUAUAAAUAAUAAUAAUAAUAUGCCAUUUAGCAGACGCUUCUAUCCAAAGCGACCUACAGUCAUAUAUCAAACCACAUUUUAGAAAUUUGCUCCUCAACCAAACCUUGAUAAACUGGCUUUGUGAUUUGAGCAGGGCUUGAUCAAAUUUGGUUAGAUGUCAUGGAAAAGUUAUGAAAUUCCACCUGUCAGAAUGUUUAUUGAACUCUGCACUUACUUGUUAUAGUGUAUUUUGCCUUGGUGAGUUACUAUGAUUUAAAAGCUUACUAUUUUCAAGUCAUAAAAACAAAGUAAAAAGAAAAAAGAUGUGGGAGUACAUCCCUUUAAGUGUAAAAUGGUACACAAUCAUCUAAACUAAUAUUUGUUUACUUCCUUAAAGGGUAACUACGACCAGUACAUUAAGACCAGGGAGGAGUUGGAAGAGAACCAGAUGAAGAGGUUCAAUUGGGAGCAGGACCAGAUCAAACACAUGAAGGUAAAAUCCCCUUUCUCUCACGACACUUUCACAUACACAAGUAGUUUGGCAAUAUGUAUGUGAAAUUCGGGCCAGUAAUAUGUGAUACGUCAGCCAUAGUGAUGGGUUAUUUUGGAACCACCAAGCUUGUGGCCGAUGAGGAAGUGUUGGUAGUGAACUGCUUCACCAAACGUCAGUUUUGUAAACCCCCCCCCCCCCCUUCUCUCUUUUUCUUACUUUCUUUUAUUUACUACCCCACCAGAACUACAUAGCCCGGUUUGGGCACGGUUCAGCCAAGCUGGCCCGCCAAGCCCAGAGUAAAGAGAAGACGCUGCAGAAGAUGGUGGCCUCGGGCCUGACUGAGAGUGUUAAGAAUGACCAAGUAAGUCUAUUUAGUGACUUUGACAGGGGUGAUGGUGCUUCCCAUGGGGUCAGACAGGUGCUCUUUUAGGUAUAACAAGUUUGUAGUUUUGGCUACAGCCCAGAGUUUUUCCCAUGGGCGGGCUAGUCACAUGAUCAGGAAAAUCUCUUGACCCUAGUUAUAGUGGAUGUUACUGCAGGCAGGUGACCAGAGUUUGGGUGUACUCUAUUUAUGAAGUCGCAGAUUAUAGUCAGAUUUGAUACAAUUUUUUUUGCAAGUGACAUUUUGAUGUUCCUUUCCUACUGUGGUUUUUUUGUUGGUUUGCUGCUGUGACAUGAUGUAAACAAAAGGCCGAAUUAUAGUGCCCCUGCCAGGCAGUGUGUUCUCAGUGCGGGGGCACGUUGACAAAAACUAGACCGAAGCGUUUAUCUGAUCUAAGCAGCAUGCCAAAAAGAGUGUAGCGCAGACGCCACAGGGUUUGUCAGUUCCAGGAUAACAGAUUUGUUUUAUAUAAUUGCCAAAAGAGAAUCCAUAAUCUCAUAGCUUCCUUCAGGGUGUCACAAGGCAGGAAUCAAAGAAUAACACCUGCAAACCAUCCUGAACUCAUAACUCAUUAUUCUUUUCCUUUUUUAGACCCUGUCAUUUUGUUUUCCUCCCUGUGGGAAGAUUCCCCCUCCUGUCAUCAUGGUCCAGAAUGUCAGCUUCAAGUACUCUGAUGACCAGGUAGGUGGUUGUUGAACCUUCUCUCACUUCUGCCUAACGAAUGUUUUGCUCAAUUUGUUUUAUUUUGUAACUGUUCCUAAAAUGAAAUACUAAAGAGAUUCCAGCUCCAAACUACACUGUAUCAUGUUUUUCGCAAUAUUGUCUUACAUUUUUCCCUUGUUUGAUGUUUCAGCCCCAUAUAUACAAGAACCUUGAGUUCGGUAUCGACCUCGACACCAGAGUGGCCCUUGUGGGGCCCAACGGUGCCGGGAAGUCCACCCUGCUUAAACUCCUCAUGGGAGAGGUGAGUCUUGAUAUUGUUAUGACUAUACCGUAUAUGGUCAUUUAGCAGACUUGAAUUGUUGUCCUGUUAUUCGGCCAUGCCAUGACGCUUUACCAUAAAAAGUGGUACCAUUUUUACUAAUAAGUGAGGAUGGUCAAUAAGUAGAAAUGUAAGCUGUUUAUUUCCUGUUCAGUUGCCUAUGCAUUUCUCUGAACAGAUAUCCCACAACUGCCUUCUCUCCAUCCCUACCAAUGUCUCCUCAUUGUCUUUGUCCUCAGCUCCUCCCCACUGACGGUAUGAUCCGCAAGAACUCCCACGUCAAGAUUGGAAGAUAUCACCAGGUACCAUACCAUUUUAAAGUGCACUGGUACCCUAAACUGUCUUAAAUCAUUUAAGUGCGUAUGCUCCUACAAUGCCAAAAUUGGAGUAGUCUGCAAAUGUAAGAAAAAAUAAUGCAGUUCCACUGACUAAUUUUGUGCUUGGUUGUGAAGUGGAUUACUUUGUAUUUGAUUGAAGACAUUUUUACAAAUCUCCAUGAUUCACAUGGCUGAACCUACUCUUUAUUUCCUCUCCAGCAUCUAACAGAGCAGCUGGAACUCGACCUCUCUCCCCUAGAUUACAUGAUGAAGUGUUACCCAGAGAUCAAGGAGAGGGAGGAGAUGAGGAAGAUCAUUGGCCGCUAUGGGCUGACGGGCAAACAGCAGGUCAGUUUGAUCGUUAGUGAUCAAUUGUGAUCCUCAAAUAUUGUCAUGUCUGAAUUGCAGACCUGCAUUCAGAUAACGUUUUGCUUUCAAAUCUUUGUAAUGUUUGAUUGAGCGUGUCUGGUGUGCCAGGGGAGCGGGGUUUGUACUUUUGGGACUAUUCCAUCAGUUCCAUUUGUACCACGCAAGCUCCAAGGUCAGCUUAAGUAUGGAGAAAAAAAUAACUAUUUGAACCCAGGUCUGCAGGGUUGUAGUCAAUUGAAAUUCAAACCAAGUCUGUAAUUGAAUUAAAACCCUAUAUAUGAAUUGGGGGAACUGUCUUGUGACAAUUUUCUGUUUUCCCCCAGGUGAACCCCAUCAGAAACCUGUCCGACGGGCAGAAGUGCCGGGUGUGCUUUGCCUGGCUGGCCGGGCAGAACGCCCACAUGCUCUUCCUGGACGAGCCCACCAAUCACUUGGACAUAGAGACCAUCGAUGCCCUGGCCGACGCCAUCAACGAGUAUGAGGGUGGCAUGAUGCUGGUUAGCCACGACUUCAGGCUCAUCCAGCAGGUGCGGAUUGACGAAUUGGAACCUGAUUUUUGUUUGAAAGGGUUGUUUUUAAAAUGGAAAACGAUUACCUCCAACCCUAUUGAGGGCAAUAUGUUGGUGGACCACCGCCACACUUUCUGAACAUACUCGACCAUGCCAAUGGCACACCGGUGCUGAGCCGUUACACUCAACUAGUAUACAGUAGCGGAGUCAACAUUUUGAAUGAGCUUAUCAGAAAUGGCUCUAGUUUAUUUGUUGGAAGAACUGUGAUUGAUGCACUUGUAUGUGCUUGUCCUGUUUUUGGGUCACUAUUUAACCCCUUUUCUCCUUUGUUCUCCAUAGGUGGCCCAGGAGAUCUGGGUGUGCGAAAAGCAAACCAUCACCAAAUGGAACCGGGAUAUCUUGGCUUACAAAGACCAUCUGAAAAAGAAGAUUGACAAAAAUUCUCAUGGUGUAUAAAAAAUAAAUAAACUACCUCCCCAGAUUCAAGACUGCACUGUCCCAAGACUGUGGACUCCCAUUUUCCCAUUCCCGCUUCACUUGGCUAUAUAACUCAAGAAGCAUGUUAUUUGAAGGUGCCCAAUUCCUUCCUGCUUUUAAAGCCUCUUUAUAGGCUGCUGGAAGGUUGUGGUGCAACCUAGUUGCCUUCCAUUGCUACCCUCUUCACAGGCAUACAUAUGGUAUCUUGAUUUCUCAAUUAAAUUAAAUAAUUUAUCCAUCAAUGUGUUAGAGAACACGUGCAUUUUUCCACAGUUCAGAUAUAGUAGGAUGUAAGCCGCCUGUACCAAUUUAUUUCAUUUUCCUCUAAAAUAGCUUUUUAUUAUUUUGUCAUUAUUUAACUGUACCUGCAAUAAUGGGAUUGUAUGAAUAAAGGAGCAAAGUAACUGA